AUUUGACAGUCGACGAUUUUCAAGAUGGAUCUAUUAAUGGUUUUGCCGCACUAGCGUCGCGUCUGUUUGAAAAAUAUAUAAAAGUGAUUAAAAUGAGCACAAAAAAUGUAGAGCUGCAGUACAAGUUAUUGAAUGCCGAACUGAUGGGCCAUGUACAGAAGCUGCGGGUGGAGUUGGGGGAGUACAAAAAGCUGGUCGUCAACCUACAAACGGAGCUCUUGGAUGAGCGAGAGUACCGCGUACUGGCAAUGGACACCAAAAAGCGUCAGAUAAAGUGCGCCCUCAGUGCCUUGAUGAAGGACCUGGACCUGGAGGAGGACAACCCUGCAAGCGUCAAUCAUACGCAACAGGAAGAGCUCAAAUCGCCAACUGCCAAUCGACGGUCCAGCAUUAAGGAAGUUUGUAACGAAAUGCGUCGCUUCAGUGACAUGACCAGACCUACUAGGACUUGUUCACCCAGCAGUCGCCGCAGCAGCAGCAGCAGCAACAGCACACUCCGUAACAGUAGCAGCGGUGUCAUAGCAGAAGACGCCACAGAAGUGAAUGCGGCAACCGCAUCCCCAGAGGCGACACAGACACAAACACAGUACAUCUAUAGUGCAGUGACGCCACCUCCAAGACGCAUCGCGGAAAUGGCCUUGGCCUUAGACGACUCCGACGAGGACUCUCCCUGUGUCGUCGACGAGGACUCUCCCUGUGUCGUCGACGAGGACUCUCCCUGUGUCGUCGACGAGGACUCUCCAUGUGUCGACAACGCGGGACUGGCCAGCCUCUGCUUUAUCAUAGAGGAAACGGACUACGAGUUCGCCUCGGAUAACUCCUCCAACUACAGCUUUCCGUCGAUGGAGAUUUGUGAUGUAAGAGAUACCCCAAUCCGCACUAGAUCCGCGCGGGGCCAAGUCCUUCGCGAGCUUAGCGAAAAUGUGCCCAAGGAGAGCGGCGCUCAGGUUCGGGGGAAGCCAGAACCACCCGCCCUGACCAUUUCCUGCCACGCUGAUGACAGCAGUCAGGAGAUGAGCAUACAGCAGCAGAGGCAUCUGCCACUUUCACCGAUGCCCAUGCACGUGCACAUGUCUGUUGUCUCGCCACGCCAGAGUCAAUUCAAUGGCAUUAUCAGUGCCUCCGGCAGCACCAGCACACCGCAUUCUUCCCCGGCCGCUGUCGCAAAGAAAAACGGAACAACAAAGAAAAAACCGCAUAAUGACCCACAAGAGGAGACGGUCAGUGUGUCCACGGCCAGGACAAGAUUUCAAACCAGCCAGGAAACGCUCAGUGCGAGCCAUAAGAGUCCCCAAGAUGACCAGUCCAGCUGCAGCGGCAGUGGGCGGCCGAGUCGCCAAUGUCGUCCUACCUCGCUGAAGGAGCCAAACCUAAAUAGGAAAAUGCGCAACAAUUCCCAGUCCAAAAAGAACAGUACAUAAAUGUGUUCCUGUUUCUAAAAUUUGCAUGUUCAUUAUCUUAGUAAAUUAUAUUGUUAAAUCGUAAUGCGAA